AUGGCACGUCAAAAGCUUACCUUUAAACAACAAAUGGAUGGGUUCCCCUGGGUCCAACUGAUGGUUGUGUCCUUAGUUAGGUUCAGUGAACCAAUUGCCUUUUCUUCAUUAUUUCCAUAUGUUUUUUUCAUGGUUAAAGAUUUCAAAAUUGCUCCCAAUGAUGCCCAAGUGUCUAAGUAUUCAGGUUACCUGUCUUCAUCGUUCGCGUUAUGUCAAGUCAUAUCUGCAUACCAUUGGGGCAGAUUCUCUGAGGCGCAUGGCAGAAAGAUAACUUUGACUUGUGGGCUUAUAGGAACAUCUAUAUCAUUAUUGAUAUUGGGGUUUUCACACAAUUUUUAUCAGGCUUUGGUUGCCAGAAGUUUAAUGGGAUUACUAAACGGCAAUGUCGGAGUUAUCAGAACCAUCAUUGGUGAAAUUGCCACUGAAAGAAAACAUCAGGCUUUGGCCUUCAGUACUAUGCCAUUACUAUUUCAAUUCGGUGCUGUUAUCGGGCCCAUGAUUGGAGGGUUUCUUGUAUUCAGAGAUGGAACAAUAAAUGAAGUGCCGUCAUGGUUCCCUGACUUCGCCAAAAAAAUAAUUAAAUCAUAUCCGUACGCUUUGCCUAACGUAGUUGUAUGUGUAUUCUUAAUGUUUGGCUUACUUAAUGCAACCUUAUUUCUGGAGGAAACACACCCUGUUUUCAAAAAUAGGAAAGAUUAUGGCUUAGAAGUUGGUGACUUUAUUAAAAAAAAUAUACUUGGCAUACAACCUAAAAGAAGACCUUGGCAAAAAUGCACUCAUGGUGGUUCGGAGAAUAUUGAUCAUGGAGACGAAGAAAUAAACGCCAAUGAAGUGCGAGUCCAUGACGAGAAUGAAAAUGCUCCGUUAUUAGACACUGUUAACGACAGUGACGCUGAAAGUGUGCAAUCCGUUGAGCCUAUUUUAACAAGAAGACAAUCUGUAGGACUGAUUAGGACAUAUUCCCUUCAUGAACCAACUGAUGCUCUGCAUGCUGAUACUGACACAGCUUCAGAUGGUUGUAAAGAAAGCAGUAUUUUUCAUCAUGUUUUCCAUACGAAAGUGUUUUAUCCUAUAUCAGUGAACUUCAUUAUGGCUUUACAUUUGAUUGUCUAUAAUGAAUUUCUGCCUGUCUUCUUGGCUUAUGAUUUAACUGUGGAUCCGGAAAAUCCGAAGAAGUUAGCUUCCAAAUUUCCCUGGAAAAUUUCGGGUGGUAUAGGUUAUGAGCCAGAACAGACUGGUACUCUUUUGUCGACAACUGGUAUAUUUGGUUGUCUUGUGGUCAUAUUUAUUCUUCCCGUUAUUGAUCGUAAAUUCGACUGUUUAACAAUUUUCAGAUCAUUAGUCAAGUUGUAUCCUAUUAUGUAUAUUAUGGUCCCAUACGUUGUCUUUUUACAAGGCGAACGGAUUCCCAGCUGGUGUACUGUAGUAUAUUUGUACAUAAUCACAGGGAUAAAGACGUUUUGCGGCGCCUUAACAUCCCCGCAAAUUAUGUUGUUGAUUCACAACUCGAGCCCUUUGGGUUGCAGGUCGGUCAUUAAUGGUGCCACUAUCAGUAUUUCUGCCUCUGCUCGAUUCAUAGGUCCUUUGGUUUGGGGUUAUAUUAUGUCUUGGUCCCAGCAAAAUGAUGUUGCUUGGGUCAGUUGGUGGUCGUUGAGUCUUUUCUGCAUGGUGGCACUUUAUCAAAGUUAUAAGAUAGCCCCAAUUGAUGACGAUGAAAACGCGGAUAAUCAACAAGACCGUGGAAGCACUAAUAAUCCUCGAACCAAAACUUCUAAUUCAAGAUUGGGUCGCCGCUCCAGUUUGAGUAGCUUGAGUAAUUAA